UGAGCUUUAGCUUAUUGCUGGAAGUUGAAGAAACAACAAACGUAACAAUACUCUGCCAUGGGAAGAAGACCUGCUAGGUGUUAUCGUCAAAUAAAGGGAAAGCCCUAUCCAAAAUCGCGGUAUUGUCGUGGUGUGCCUGAUCCUAAGAUCAGGAUUUACGACGUUGGUAUGAAGAAAAAGGGGGUCGAUGAGUUUCCUUGUUGUGUUCAUUUGGUCAGUUGGAAGAAAGAAAAUGUGUCUAGUGAGGCAUUGGAAGCUGCACGUAUCGCGUGCAAUAAGUACAUGGUUCUGCUUUCUGUUAGGUGCAGGGAUUCAAACAGUCAUCACGCUCAAGAAGCUUUACGUCGUGCAAAGUUCAAGUUUCCUGGUCGGCAGAAAAUUAUUGUUAGCAGUAAAUGGGGGUUCACAUCUUUCAAACGUACCGAUUACCUGAAAUGGAAAGCCGAGAAAAGGAUCGUGCCGGACGGCGUCAACGCUAAGCUUCUUGGGUGCCAUGGACCUUUAGCUGCCAGAGAACCAGGACGAGCAUUUUUACCUGGGACUGUUUGAAACUUAUCAUGAUUCAUGUGAUACGUCGAGACGAAGGGAGACAAUAUAGAUGGAACAGUAAGGAAGAGGAGAAACGGCAGAUAGACCUUGAAUGCAAAGGCCACAAAUGGCAGAUAAGUGAUAACUAAAUACUGAAAAGUCUGAAUCAAAUCCUUACACCAAUGCGGUUCAUUUGAACGAAAAAUGAUACGACAAAAAACAAGUUUCCUUCGAGGCGUUGAAAAUUCGUGAAAUGGGUUUUUGAGUGGUUUCGGAAUGAGCGAAUUUAUUCAAAGACUUGGUGAAUUUCCUCCAUUUCCUAUCAAUCCUACGCAGAUUAAUAUGUUUGGUGAGAUGCCCUUUUGGUAGAAGAAAAAUUUUCUUAGAUUGGCUUCUCUGUAAAGUUCACUUUAUGUUUAAAAAUGUAGAGCUGUAAUAGGUUAUUAUAAAAGGAGGAUGUCCAAUCAAAUUCUCAGAUUUCUAGAUUUCUACUGACAAUAAGAAGUCAAAACUCUAGGUCUAGGUGAAACAAAACAAUCAACAAGUGGUAGUUAUGCCGGGUAUGGCUAAGUUAGUCUUCCCCCUGGUCGGAGAGGCAAAGAAUGCUAAAUCCGAAAGAAGACUUUUUUCAGUCAACAUUCUCUAUUUGUUUCGGUAAUAAUUAGGGCUUUCGGGCCUUUUUAGUUCUUUGCUGCAUACGUUUUCUAUUUUUAGGAGUUGAUUGAAAGAUCGCGCCAGAAUGGAUCCUGCUUUUAUUUUUUUAUUGAUAUGUUUCACUCUAGCUUAUGAAAAAAGACUAAGAACAAGAAGAAAAGGAGUGACAAUUUGUAAUCCUGAGCUCCAAGUUACAGGGUCUAGAAGGCAAGAAGCAGGCUGAAUAGAUUUCAAGAUGGCUAGUAAACCAUUAAAGACAGCAGAAG